UUUCCGCUCGUGUCGGCUUGUAACACAAAACAAGCGCACCCAGCGACAGACUGACGUAUUGCGGAAGUAGCUGCCCGAACAAAAUAUCUAAACAUUGCAGCUAAGCAGAGGACAAGGCUCCGAUCAGCAGGGCCAGCAGCUGCUGCGUCGAGGCUGGGACAGACACAGACCUGGGUGCUCUGGGACUCUGGCAGAGGACAUAAUGAUGCAGACCCCUAGCUUCACUCCUCUAGCAGUGGUGGAGCUGGUCUCAGACACUAAAGAGGAGGCCAUUGCUUGGCUGCUGAGCAGGAUAAGAGACCCACAACAAAAUGGAGGUGCCGAGCUGCUGGUGGAGCAGCUGGGCCCUGGAGUUGGGUCUCAGGAGAAGGAGAAUCCCAACCUGUUCCUGGUGGGAGCCUCCAGGCAGAGGCUGCUCUCUGGUGCUGAGGAUGUAGGGCUCUUCAAGGAGUUCAGCGAUGGAUCCAUGAGGGCUUUCACCUGUGCCAACAAGAACAACUUCAAAGACUUUCAAGGAGACGGAGACGACUUCUUCAGCAUGGCUGAAUGUCAGUACAUCAUCAAACACGAGCUGGACACGUUAAGAGCCAAAGAUGAAACUCACGUGCCAGGAUAUACUCAGGUCAAGCUGUACCCCGGGAAAUCUAUCAUUCGCAGACUACAGUCCAAAGGAAUUAUGAUCCAAAUGUUCCCCAUUCAUGAGAAGGAGGAGCUUAAGAGACUCUCGUUCUCCUGGUAUAAAAAGGUCAAGUUGUCCUUUCAGCCUCUCGAUGCCAUCAGACAUUACUAUGGUGAAGGUCAGGCCUUCUACUUUGGCUUCCUGGAGUACUUCACCAUUGCCCUGUUGCCUAUGGCCCUCAUCGGGGUCCCUUACUAUCUGUUUGACUGGGAGGACUAUGACAAAUAUGUGGUCUUUGCUGUGUUUAAUUUGAUCUGGUGUACCGUCAUUCUGGAAUUAUGGAAGCGGUGCAGUGCCUCACUCGCUUACCGCUGGGGCACACUGAGCAGGAAGAAGGCCUUCGAGGAACCCCGGCCCGGUUUCCACGGCAUUCUUGGUUUCAACCCCGUGACGGGCCGCGAGGAGCCGCUCUACCCCAACGCCAAGAGGCAGCUUCGCAUCUACCUCGUGUCCCUGCCGUUUGUCCUGCUCUGCCUCUACCUGUCCCUCUACGUCAUGAUGAUCUACUUCCUGAUGGAGGGAUGGGCGCUGUCGGUCCACGACGAGGAGCCCACGUUCUGGACGGGAAUCCUGUUGUUCAUCCCCAGUGUCAUCUACGCUGUGGUCAUAGAGAUUAUGAACCUCAUCUACAGAUAUGCCGCUGAGUUUCUCACAGAGUGGGAAAAUCACAGGCUAGAAUCUUCAUAUCAGAACCACCUGGUCCUCAAAGUAUUAGUUUUCAACUUCUUCAACUGCUUCGCCUCGCUGUUCUACAUCGCCUUCAUCAUGCAGGACAUGGUGCUGCUCAGACAGAGUCUGGCCACCCUGUUGAUCACCAGUCAGGUUUUGAACCAGUUCAUGGAGGCCUUCCUGCCCUACUGGCUGCAGAGGAGACGCAACAAGAAGAUGAUCCGCAAAGUGCAGAAGAGAACAACUCAAGAGGACAAGGAGCUUCCCCUGGCUGAGCAGGUUCGCCUGGAGGCGGACAUGAGCACGUACCUGGGAACAUUUGACGAUUACUUGGAGCAGUUCCUGCUCUUUGGUUACGUCAGCCUGUUUUCCUGCGUCUACCCUCUUGCUGCCGUCCUGGUGGUGUUGAACAACAUCACCGAAGUUUACUCCGACGCCUUCAAAAUGUGUCGUGUGUUCAAACGGCCGUUCUCUGACCCAGCUGCGAACAUAGGCGUCUGGCAGCUCGCCUUCGAGGCCAUGAGUGUGAUCGCCGUGGUGACCAACUUUGCGCUGAUCGGCAUGUCCCCACAAGUCCGAGCUUAUUUCCCUGACUCCGAGACGCAGCUCAUAUUGUGGACAGUGGCGGCUGAGCACGGACUACUGGCCAUCAAGUUCAUUCUGGCCUUCCUCAUCCCAGAUGUUCCCAAACCCAUCCAGAUCAAAUUGGCCCGUCUGGAGUUUGAAUCACUGGAAGCCCUGAAGAAAAAGAGACAGCCUUAUGGAGGAAAAUGCUCGAAGCCACGGAGUUCAGGAAGGUGGAGCAGUGAGGAAGAGCGGAGAGUCUACAAGUACUGACGGAGCCUCACGCGCACACGUGUGCCGCUGUAUCGCAACAGUAUCGCUAAAGUUUACGGUUAAAAUAUACGUUUCCCGGUCGGUUGUGUAGCAAACACAUUAUUAUACUGUUCUCUAAAUAAAAAAACCAUACUGUAAUGAGGUUCAGUGUUAAAUCACACAUGAAUGCUGUAUUAUUAUUAUUAUUAUUAUUAAUAUUAUUAUUAUUAUUAUUAUUAUAAUAAUGUUAUUCACUUUAUAUCACAAGAGCUUCAACCAAAGUAGUUUGUCUUGUGCGUUCAGUCAUGUCUUGUACUGAUUAUUAAGCUGCUGCCUUAAAUCACAGUGUGAUGAUCGACGCUGACGUCAGUGUCCGUAUUUACAGCUGCUUCUCUCUCACGUACGGAAGCCCAGGAGGACAAAAGGUGUUGGGAUCUUAUCUUAUAUUUCAAGACAAAUGUAGAAGUGAUCAUCAUUACUCCCCUGUGGUUUGAAUGCAAACUUGUUUUUGUCCAGGAAGUUCGGGAAGAAGAACCUGUACUAUACUAGCGCUCCGCGUGUCACAUGACUCGGGUUGUUUACACCGCGGUUUCAGGUCGUCAGGGUUCACCGUGCACUUUAAAUCCAUGGAUAAACGUGAAAUGUAUGUCACACGAACUUGAUACACUGCCCCCUGGUGCUUUUAAUGGAGUAUGGCAACUAGCGUUAAUCCACAUUCUCAGUAUUCCGACAACUUCCUAAAAAAUAAAAAAAUUUUCCCCUCAUCCUGCACCAUAAAAUCUAUCUCUACCAUCUUUACUGAUCAGUUUACAUCGUUAAUAAGUAACUGCCACGUUACUAUGGCGACUGUUGAAGUGUCCUUUAGUCUGUGUUUUCACACGACCAUUGUUGACUUUAUUUAAAAAUGGAUUCAUAUUAUAAUCAACGAUCCUCUGUCAGUUAGUAACUGCAGUAACGGCGGCACCACUAGGUGGCAGAAUGGGUCCAAAUUGGUCACUAAAACUAUAUCUAUACAUAAUAUCAUAUAAUAUAAUACAACCACGGUAAUAACACAUUAUUUUAGAGCUUUUCAGGCUUCACUCUUGUCUGUCAUGUGACUCACGAUCCAGAGACAGAAAAACAAAGCCGGAAAUUCAAAUCCUGGAUAUUUAAAUCACAUACAACUCAUUUGGAGUCUUUUCAAACGUUCAUAUUUGUUGCUUGUAAGAUACGGAUGUUUUUUUUUUGCUCGUCAUCACAAUGUUACUUGAUGUUACCUUUUUGCCCCUGGUGCCUUGAAAUGUAACCUGUAUUAAUGUUGGACGCACUGGACUGGACAUGUGAUCAAAUACAAAGAGGAUGAUGAUGAUGAUGAUGAUGAUGAUGAAAGGGAAAUGGUUCUGCUGUGCUUUUGCUGCAAUAAUAACAAAAUAAAAAAUAUAUAUAAACAAGGAAA